GGGGAAGGCGGAAGAGGCCCUCUCCGCGGUUUGUAUGCACCUGGCCGGGCUACCGCUCGCCCCGGAGGACGGAGAGAAGGGGCGGCGGUGCGAGCGGAGCUCGUCCCCCGCCAUGUGCUCGGUGAGCGAGGCCGGCAGCACCGACCCGCUGGUGGCCCGCUUCAGGCAGGUGGAGGAAACGCUGGAAAAGCUGCACCGGGAGAACAGGAGCCUGAAGAGCAAAGUGCCCCGCUACAACGCGCUCUGCACCCUGUACCACGAGUCCGCCCAGCAGCUGAAGCACCUCCAGCUGCAGCUCGCCGCCAAGGACGCCACGGUGCGGGAGCUGAGGGGCAGCCUGGCUCGGCAACAACAACAACAGCAGCAGCAGCAGGCGGGGGUUGGCGAGGCGGGGGCCGAACCCGCCCGCUCGCUGGUGGAGAGCCUGCUGGAGCAGCUGGGGCAGGCCCGGGAGCGACUGCGGGACAGCGAGCGGCACUCGGCGCUCAGAGUGGAGGCGCUGAGCCAGGAAGUGCAGAAGUUGAAUCAGCAGCUAGAGGAGAAAAACACAGAGAUAGAGAAGAUGAUAAAUCAGCCUCCAUAUGAAAAGGAGAGAGAAAUCUUAAGGCUUCAGAAGAGCUUGGCAGAGCGAGAGAAGGCUCAGGCCACCAGUGAUGUCCUGUGCCGGUCACUCACUGAUGAAACUCACCAACUUCAGCGCAAAUUAGCAUCCACAGCAGAAAUGUGUCAACAUCUGGCAAAGUGUUUAGAAGAGAAGCAAAGAAAAGAGAAGGGGAAUUCGGAUGACCAGAUUGCUCCUGAAAGGUCUAAUCAGUUACAGGUAUUAGACAAUGAAACUUCACUUCAAGCCCUUAUCUGCAAACUACAAGAUGAAAACAGAAUGUUAAAACAAAAAGUAGCUCAUGUGGAAGACUUAAAUGCAAAAUGGCAGAAGUACGAUGCUAGUAGAGAUGAGUAUGUGAAGCGACUCCACUUGCAGCUGAAAGAGCUGAAGUCAAAGCUGGAGCAGCAGCACAGCAUACCUUCAGCACAAACCAAUUCUGAGCUGAUGCAAAAGGAGAUACUCCGGCUAAACAAGCUACUGGAAGAAAAAAUGAAUGAGUGCAAAAAAUCAAGGAGAGAAUUGGAAGAUGUGAAGAAGGCGAGAGAAGGAGACAGUGAGCGCAUACAAAUGCUGGAGCAACAGGUCCUAGUUUAUAAAGAUGAUUUCACAUCAGAGAGAUCAGACAGAGAACGAGCACAGAGUAAAAUACAAGAACUUCAGCUAGAAGUUUCAUGUCUGCAACACCAGCUAGCAAGAAGACAAGAAGGCAAGAAGGACUCCAGAGACACAAGUAGUCGUUUCAGAGUUCACACUGGUAACCAAAAUCAUAUGCAUGUACAGACAAAAGUGGAACACCUACGAGGCAGCAGCCCAGGCCAACCAGGCGCAAGAAGAACAGCCUCACAGUCUGAACAGACUUCCCCACCUGCAGACAAUGGAAACUCAGGAUCAGAGGGCAGGGCACAGGGUGAACUUAGAUGUCCUCACUGUAUGAGAUUUUUCAGUGAUGAACUCAGUGAUGAAUUUCUCAAGCACGUUACGGAGUGUUGCCAAUGACAAUGUGAUGUGAGGCGCAUAAAUCAAUCACUACUCUAUAGCCAGUAAAACUUGGCCCAUCUCCUAUAGUCCUAACCCAGAGUAAUUCAAAUGGACAGCUCUUAGGAACUAGGAGGAUGAACAGGAUCUACCUCUUAUUUGAUUUCACCUUCUCGUGGACUGCAUGAAAGACUUUGAGAAAAAGCAAAAUGUUUUUGUGAAGAACUUAACAACUGCGAGCACCGCAAGCACAAUGCAAAUUCUACUACAAACUAAAGAGAACAAAGUGUAGUGGUAGCUGGCUUGAGGCUGCAGUUUGACUCUGAGUCUAAUGGUUCACAACAGUCUGAAGGCUCGUGGAAAAAUUGUCACUGAACUUGAAAACAUCAUUCUCUUCCAAACAGCUCAUGCUGAAGAGAAUGGAGGAAAGAACAGAUUGGCAUAAGAUAAGAAAAAUCUUCUUGUACUUUAUCUGGAUUUAAAGUGAAAGUAUUUUCUUGGAGAUUGAAGCUGAACUUUCAAACAUCUUACCUGAAAAUCCUUCUGUUCAACUAAAAUCAGGAUAAGUAAAGAAAAAAGUCAAGGGCUGGUUAUUGACUAACACUAGCCUGUCUCUUUGCACAGAAACAAUGUACAGGGAUAUUUAUUUUUUUUCUGUGCCAUAAAUAAUUUACACGUUUGCAAAGGUAUUUGUGUAAUUAUUGACUGUAUUCCAAUUUUACUUAAGUAUUUUUAUAAUAAAAGUGGUUGUGCAGUCACUUUACUGUA